GUCGGGGCGCCGCCGGUUACACCUCUGAGCGCCCCCGGGACGCCGCGGGGCCAGGGGCGUCUGCAAGGCGGGGGGCCGGCUGCGGGCGGGCCCGGGCACCUUCCUCGGAGCACACGGCCGGCCGCCCACGUGCGCCCAGAGCCCCCGGCUGGCCUGCAGGCUGUGCGGGCACCUGUCGGUCCAGGGGCCCCGGGCGUGGCCGCUCCGUCGGACGGUCAGUUGGGGUGACGUGGAUCCCCAGCGGCCUCACCCGUGUCCACGUCCCACCUGGAGCCCGAGAAGUUGGGCACAGCCCGGGCCCUAGCUGGUUCCGAGAGGGGAGCGGCGGCGGGGCUGCUGCAGAGGGCGGGGACGGCAGGCGUGCGCGGCCCGGGAAGCCCCCUCGGGUCCGUCUCCCCGGGAGCGCGGCCUUGGGGCCAGACUGGUGUGACAGAGGUGACCCUGGACUGGCGAGCGGUUCCGAUCCGCGCCCGGGAUGACCACGGAGCGGAAGGCGCUGGGCUGAGCCUGGGCUGGUAGUGUGUGCACCGGCACGGAGGGAUGCUAGCGGUUAGGACGGUCAGGAGCAAACUCAGGAUGGGGACCAUCUGCUCCCCCCACCCCAGCGGGACCAAGACGUCAGCGGAGGUCUGCAACGCCGACUGGAUGGCCUCGCUGCCCCCUCAUCUCCACCACGUCCCCCUAUCCAAUCUGGCGAUCCCAGGCUCUCAUGAUUCAUUUAGCUACUGGGUAGAUGAGAAGUCCCCAGUGGGGCCUGACCAGACCCCAGCCAUCAAGCGCCUUGCCAGAAUCUCUUUGGUGAAGAAGCUAAUGAAGAAAUGGUCUGUGACCCAGAACCUGACGUUCCGGGAGCAACUCGAGGCUGGGAUCCGCUACUUUGACCUGCGCGUGUCUUCCAAACCCGGGGAUGAUGACCAGGAAAUCUACUUUAUCCACGGGCUUUUUGGCAUCAAGGUCCGGGACGGACUGAUGGAGAUUGACUCAUUUCUUGAACAGCACCCCCGAGAGAUUAUCUUCCUGGAUUUCAACCACUUCUAUGCCAUGGAUGAGGCCCAUCACAAAUGCCUGGUUCUGCGGAUCCAGGAGGCCUUUGGAGACAAGCUGUGUUCCGCCUGCAGUGUGGAGAGCAUGACACUGCAGACCCUGUGGGAGAGGUGCCACCAGGUUCUUAUUUUCUAUCACUGUCCCUUCUACAAACAAUACCCCUUCCUGUGGUCAGGGAAGAAGAUUCCAGCACCCUGGGCAAAUACCACCAGUGUGAACAAGCUCAUCCUCUUCCUGGAGACCACUCUGAGUGAGCGGGCCCCCACCGGCUCCUUCCACGUCUCUCAAGCAAUUCUCACCCCCAGAGCAAAGACCAUUGCGCGAGGUUUGGUUGGUGGCCUCAAGAACACUCUGGUUCAUAGGAAUCUCCCUGCCAUCCUGGAUUGGGUGAGAACUCAGAAGCCUGGAGCUAUGGGCGUCAACAUCAUCACAUCUGAUUUUGUGGAUCUCGUGGACUUUGCCACAACUGUUAUUGAGUUGAACGACCUCCUGCAGGAGAAUAGAGCUUUGGCUAAAUGCUGAUUUAAUUUUUUUUUUUUAAUUUUAACUUCAUGCUGAAUCUGUUGAUGCAGGGUAGAGUUCUGAAGUGUUUCCCGUUAGGAUGCCCCUGGGCAGUAAAUGGCACAGCAAGAAGAGGAGGGCAUUUUUUUUCCGUCCUUGCUCACAGGGCCAUGUGGAUAAAAUUACAAGCCUUUAAAUUGCAUUCUUUUCCCAAAUGAGACUUUUAUACCAGCCUAAGUCCAAGGGAAGAAAGCAUGUUUUGUGUGACAAAGAUAAAACUAUUCCCAAUGGCUUAUGAUGCUGAAUGUAAUAUGGAAGAGUCUCCAAGUUCUACUGGGGCCUUAAUUGCCCCCUUUGAUUCAAAUCCCUUAUUGGACUCCAGAGGGGUCCAGUGUGUUUGAGCCUAGGAGGAGGCUAGAGCAGAAAGGUGUUUCUGGUCAAAAGAAUGACUCAUUGCAGUUGUGUACGGCCCCACGUGGUAGUUCCAACACCAACCUGGUAUUGUGAAGGGGGAAAAUAUUAAGCCCCUCUUCUCUCUAGGAUGUUGAGUGUCACUGCUUUUUCACUGAGAGAUUUAAGGCUUAUUUAUCACCUCGGUAUUUCAGUCACAAGCUGUUCUGAGCUUCGGCUGAUCACCUGAACUCUUUAGAUGAAUAAUGCCUAUUGUCAUCGGGAUCAGAAGUGUGGUUCCCAGGUUUUUCAACUUGGAUUCCUCUCUAUUUCUUUUGGCCCAGUCUUAAAAGAAACAGAUGGGAGGUGUUUCCAGAAUGGGGCCCCACCAGACAUAGACAUGCAUGUUUGUUGCAUGCCAGAUUUUUUUAUUAUUUUUUUUUAUUUGAAUUCUGUAGCUUUUCCCAAAAUGGCUGCCAGGUGAGCACCUGCGUCAUUUUGGCAAAGUCCUCUCUGAAGUGGGAUUUGCAUGCCAGAUGUUGGAACUGUAUUUUUUGUUGUUGCUGUUGUUGUUGUUGUUGUCGUCUGCUUAGGACUUGGGUCUGUGCUAACGGAAGACACCUUGUCCGUGACACCAUGGACGCAGACACAGGAUGCAUGGGCGAGUGCAAUGGAUUGAAGGAGGAAGCUCCAAGUGGGUCUGGAGCCAUGCUGUAACUCCUUGGAAACAAGACUACCUCGGGGAUAUUUAGGAUGAUGCGUGUCAUCGAGAACUCCCAGUAUGGGAACAUUUCCAGUUCGUGUCUUGACUGUUCUACUUCCUGCUGGUUGUUUUCGGCCCCUGAUCACCAUUGCAUGCGGGUUUUGAAACUCAAGAGGGGAUUUUAUUUUUUGAUCGAUAAGAGGUGUUUAUCUUUAAAGAGCCCUCUUACGGUUUUGUUUGUUGUUUACUUACUUGUUCAUUUAUUUAUAGAUUAAGUAACUUCAGUGCUUCUUACCUCAAGAGCACUCACAAAGGAGCUUCCAGAACUGCUCAGACCUAGGCCAGCAGCUUCCCUGGCCUUCUUCUUGACAGGACCAUGCAUCUCAGGACUGUGAGUGACCUUCGAAUCUGCUGUAUGCCCCAGCUUUCACCCAACAUGUGGGGAAUGCGAGCAUGAGUGUGAUCCAGAUCUGAGAAGUCGCUGCCAAGCCAUGCGCAGGGCACAAGAUGAAAUGGGUCAUGGAGAACACUCAGUUCUUCAGGAAGAUCCUCUACAAAGACGGUGGCAAACACAGGAACUCCAGGGGGAACUGGGCAUGGGAGCGUGUGUCGCCCGGCUGCACCUCGGAACUGUCUGUCUGCACAUCCCCCAAGGAAGUGUCAGCUUCUGCAUUCUUCAGGAGGAAAGAGAAACUGGGUGUCCCUGGACAGAUGUGUGCAUUGAUAAAAAAAAUCCUUGGAUGAUCUGCCAGCAGCUUUCCGUUCCGCUCCUUUCACCCUCAUAGCUGAAUUUUGUAUAUCAUCUGCACUGGUAUGGGAGGACAGGGUCAUCCAAUAUGAACUACUAGGAGCGUAGGCACACACACCUCUUCUCUCCUGCCCCUGCCCCAACUCUAGGUCUUCCAGCCACUUUUUUCUGUAAAGUAAAGAAGGACUCUGAUCAUUAGCUUCCAUACCUUGAGGAGGUCACAACACAAAUUCCACUGAGAAAAUCUGGUUUAGCUUUUCCUUUUGCUUGCCUUUGAGCCCAUUCCCAGAGUUUCUAGAAGUUUAUCACUGGAUUUAUUUAAGGGUUGACUCUGGAAAGGAGUUCUUUAUUUUUUUUUUAUUUUAUUUUUUUUUUAAUUUUUGAGUCACACCCAGCGAUGCUCAGGGGUUACUCCUGGCUCUGCACUCAGGAAUUACUCCUGGCGGUGCUCAGGGGAACAGAUGGGAUGCUGGGAAUCGAACCCGGGCCGGCCGCAUGCAAGGCAAACACCCUACCCGCUGUGCUAUCGAUCCAGCCCCUGGAAAGGAGUUCUUUAAGUCCUGUUAUUAAACUCCAGUGACAAAUCCCUGCCCUCCCCUCAGGGGACUAUUGGUGUUGGUAUUGUUUUCCUUGGGGCUUCUUUUUAAUUCUGGCACAGUUGCUAGGGACGAGGUUAUUUCCUUUCUCUUAACUCUUUGUUACUUGGCACAGAGAUAAGGAGGCAAGAGGAGAAUUCUUCUGCUCUGUUUUCUUGAAGCCUCAGCUUUGUCCAGGUGCUUGGUGCUAUGAUGCCAGGUGUGCUGACUAAGUAUCUAUUCUUGAUACCCGUCACACCCAAGGGCUGUUGACUGUUCAGUGAAAUGUUUACUUGAUUUUCUCCUUUAUUUUAAACUACAAACUUUUACUUCACGCGGGUUGUAACACUACGUGUACCUCAGUGUUUGUAUGGUAAGAGAUGUCUGAGAAGCAUGACUCAAAAGCACAGGAAAUGGUACCCGGGUCACAUGUAUGAAGUUCUGCUCUUUGUGGCAAGUGCAGUGCUCAUCCAUUCGUGCUACUUUGGCUUACCAACCUGGCUUGCGUUUUGGAAUUCUGCACAGGAGUUCUGGGAGGUAGGUGAGGGUUAUUUAUAAUUUCCCCUUGGUAAAGACUCUAUUAGAAAAAAACUUAUGUUUCCCCAAACUGUUGCUUGCCAGAUCGUAAAGGAUAUUUGUGCUCUGUUCCUUGUUCUAAAACCAGGCAGAAGAACUCCAGUGAUGGGUCAAAGGGAAAAUAGACUUUUGGUCUGUGACUAAUUCUUUAACUGCCCACAACAAAAACAGUGUCCAACCAUAUCACUUUUUCUUACAAGUUUUAGGGACCUCUCGGAUCAUACUUGCUCAUAAUUUACUUCACGAAAAGGACUGCUUGAUUGAGCCAAAGAAGACUUCAGUUUUAUAGGAUUUGGGGCCAUAUUUAUUCUGUAAUAUAUGCUGAGUUUUUUCAUGAGCAUCUUGGACCUUUUUCCACCUGGUCACAUUUCUGUGAUUCUGUGACAAACCAUUACUGGUUCCCCUUAGACUAGAGGGAUUAUAAGGACCUUAAACUUGAGGUUUAUUAGAAGUACCACUUCAGUCUUUUAUGGAUACAGAAGACAUUCUUAGGAAUGGGGAGAGAUAUCAAUAGAAAUGAGUAAUAAAUUAUUGACAGUUAAAAUCUAAAUUAGUUGCAGGUCUAAGAGGACUAUGCAAAAAAUAAACAAAAUACUAUUACUGUAUUUGACACUACAGUCAUUAAGUUUGUUUUUCUUUGUGAUAAUCCCCUGAUUUUUUUAGAAGUAUUAUGACACAGUUGAAGUCCAGGGCUUUCUGUAAAUUCAAAGAAAAGCACAAGAUCUAAACCCAGGUAAUAAAAAUCCUAAUCUAUCUUUCAUGAUCUCAUACGGACAUCAAAAUAUUGUGUUUUUAUUCAAGAAUACUAUGUAACAGAACAUUCUAGAAUUAAAUGCAGUUUUGUAGGAUGUCAGGAUAUUCUGUUUCUGUUGCUGUUUUUCUGAAUCUUACCAUAGGAAAAUGUUCCCCAAAGAUGCACAAUUAGAGUGUCUACAAGGCUCAACACUAAGCUAUAGCUGGGGGAACAGAAUAACUACAGAAACAGAAUAUCUCUCCCUUGGAAGCACAAACUCUACCCCAAAACCUGUCCAUCUUACAGAUGUAGUUCCUGCACUGGUGAAUUUUUGUGAUUUUUGAAUUUACUGAACAUUUUAACUGCUAAAUUCUAGGAAUCAGAAUGGGCUCAUAAAUGGGGCUCUACUCUAAGGUCCCUCCCCGUGGCUGAUAAAUGAUCCUGUGCUAAAUCUGCCUUGCUUCUUUCACUUAGAAUAAAGAUGCUGUCUGCUGCUUUCAUGCUGGGUGGCUUGCAGUCUUGGCCCACCAGCAGCUUCCCCCGAAGUGAUAGGUGGCUUGCAUUUAGGUUUAAUGCCUUAUGCUCCAGGGUUAUGCACACGUGGUCUCUCUUCCUCCUGAAGACAUGCUGCCUGGGCUCAUUUCUCAAAUGUAGGAUGACAGAACUUGGCCAAUAGUGGCACCAUCAGCAAUCCAUAUAAUGACAGGGGUAGGACUGAAAGAAAUCUACCUAUCCAUUUGCAGGUGAACUCUGUUGAGGUGGGCCUUCCCAAAUACAUGCUAGCCUUGAUAUUCUGAGACAAAAUGAAUAGGAAGUGAUAAUAGCAGACAUCCAAACUGACAGUUGGUUUGUACUGCAUAGGCCAUGGUCUGCUCUCAGAUUUCACAUCUCUCCAAUACACCUCAAUGCUGUGUCUCAAACUGCUUCCUAGUGUCUGCCACCAUAGCUUUGUCACUCACAGAUGUUACCUUGGACCACAGGUAUGAACAGAUGGGAUAAGGGAUUCAGCUGGAAAUUCCUUCUAUUCCAGGUGAUGCUGAAAAUCUCUCUACUGCCCUGAGAGACUCACCGUCUUAUCCUCAGAAUUCCUCCAGCUUGCUACUAAAAAUAGUGACAUUAAAACUACCCUGUAUCUGUAUUGUCCUAGCCCAGAAUGCACUGAAAGAAUACUACUGAUGUUAGAGAAAUACUACCAUUAGAGACACUACAGAAAUAGUGUAAGGUAACUUUCUAUACUGUGGUGGAUAUAAUGUUCUUAACUUUUUUUUUCAGUAAAAGUUUUCUUAGGACUUUUCAAAAUCCUUUACAAAUUACAUCGUUUUGAUAAAAAAUACUUUCUCUUUUUCAGGAAUUCCACACUAUAGUCUUAUUAAACCAUCCCAUCAACAAUCCAUAGAUAUUUUCUAUCUCUGUUCUUUCCCUCUCAGUCAAAAAUAGCCCUUUCCACUCUUAUCUCGUGCCCGUCUUUUUUCUUCUGUUGAUUCCUGUCAAGCACAGAAUACUGAUAAUGCCUACUGUAAAAUGCACAACUAUUCAAUCAUGUCCAAAGGCACUGGUUUGGCUUGGCGUAUUUGGUUUUGACUGCACUCGGGAGUCACUUCUGGCAGUGCUGGGGGGAACAUACGGAUGCUGGGGAUUGCAAGGCAAACACCCUCCCUACUGUCCUAUUGCUCUGGCCCCACCACAUGCAUUCUUAUCACAGUGCUUUUGGACCCUCACUCUUCUCAAUGUGUUAUUCUGUCCCCAGAACAGACACACACACACUCCCUCCCAGUGACUAGAACUAUCCCUAAUUAGAGUUCAGAACUUGGGGUCAGCACUUCACCCAAAUAGCAGGGCCUUGCUCACAACCUUUGAGCCCAGUGAGAAGCACAGCACUUUGCGAAGUCAAAUAGACCUUUCGGAGCUUUGUACAUUUUCAAUUUUGCAUAGAGCCAAUGUGAGAAAUCUUAAGACAUAUUCUAAACACAGUGGUAUCUUGCUGCUAUUAUCAAUUUAUAUAGUCCAGUAUUAAUAAGUAUACAUGCAGAUUCUGUAUGCGUUAUUUGAAUUGUGUGUAUGACAACUGUAAUACUUAACCUCACUAAUUAGCAAUUAGAAAAUAAGUCUUGGUCAAUUCUGAUGAUACGUGAAUAUGGUAAAUGCUCCUCUGGAUAUUAUAUUUUGUUCUCUAUGCUUGUUUUGUAUGACAAAGCAUGUUGUUCUAAAAAGAAAUGAUAGCAGAUUAUACCAAUUUUAAGGUUAGAAUUACAAUUUUUCAUAUAUGCUGCUUGACAAACUCUAAAGUGUAUUUUGUGACAUAAUUAUCUUAUGCUACACACUUCACUUUGCUUUCACUACCCUAAGAAAUAAUUGUUUAGAUAUAUCACUUCUUUCUUGCAACCUGGAUUAAACUGCUUACUUCAACCUAAAAUCUUGUAAGGCCAAAAUUACCUCAUUUUAACUGUGAAAAUGUUAAGAAUAUAUUAUUACAUUGAUGUCUUCUCUUGUACUUGACUUGAACUGCCUAUAUAAGAUUAAGUCUAAUAAUAAUAAAACAUUGGCAAACACUUCAUUUGUAUGUAUACUUUAUUGUCCCGUUUUGAAUUUUGUUUUAAAGGGUUAUAAACUAGCCAUGAUUGAAAACACCUUAAUCAAACAUGCCUGCAAUAUCAAAAUGAGUUGUUCGCAAAAUGCUCACACAGCCUGCACCCAUGCUUUUCUAUGCUUUAUGCUCAGGACAUCAGCCAUGUGUUAAGCUUAGCCAGACCUACUGACAUAUGGAUUCUCAUCUGGCCACUGUUUUUCCAGCCCUUGCUUCUGUUAGUGAUUGCCAAGUGCCCAAAAGUGGAACAGUGUAGAGAUUUUGUAUUUGUAAGCACAAAAAGCAUAUAAAAAUAAACUUAAAAUUUCUGUUGGG